AUGCGGCUGCGAUGGUCAUGGCGCACCCGAUUGCGAGGAUGGCAGCAGUUGCCAAAGACUCUUCCACCGGCUUCUCUCUGCACGCUGCCAGGGCAGUGCCUGGUUUGCGGGUGCAGAGGUUCUCUUCGAGCCUCCUCCGCCCGAGGAACGCUGCAUGGAACAUCGAAGCAGGGUCGCGACCUCUUCUCCGCGUGGCCGUGCGGCUUCUGCAGGGCUUCGCCUGCUGCGUGUCGUGGCAGAGGGAGUCCACAGAGGCAUGGGGAGCCAUUACGGGUUGCGUCUCAUUGUGUGGUUGCCAUUCGCGAUGCUCCAAAACCUGAUGGGGCCAUACUGGGCAUGAAGCGUCGGGGCGACUACGUCGUCGCUGAGCUGGAGGAGCCACCAUGGGUGCAACUCUCGAUUGAGGAUGACUGGCUCGCCGAGUUCAGCGAGCUCCGGAGGUUCAUUCAGCCCAUUGAAAGUCUCAUCUCAAUGUCUCCACCCGCAACCGUGCGGAGCUCCGGAACGGCUGCUUCGCCACGUGACCUGACAAGGUCCACGGAGAGUGCACGUCGCCGGGCGGCUGCGACGACUGGGCCCGCCUCGCACUCCGUGCCGCACUCUGUGCCGCACUCUGUGCCGCACUCUGUGCCGCACUCCGCAUCGCACCCGGCGGCCCAUCCCGCUGUACACACCGCCCACACGGCCCACGCGGCGCAUCCCACGAGCGCUCGCACCCGCUUGGGCGUGAGACCCCCGGUUCACAUUGCUGCGGCGACGGCCGCUCGCCGCACGGUGCGUUGA